GUCAGCGGGGAGCGGCGCGCGCUGAUGACGUCGUCGGGCCGCGUCGCCCACCUUUGGCGGCCCGGCGUGAGGCCAUGGAGGGAGAGCGUUCCUGAAAUGCGGUGCUGACCUUUCGGCCUCGCGUCCACCAUGGCGGCCCGCUUGGUGCGGUGCUGGCGCCGCUUGGGUGCCUUCAUCUCUUCUCCCGCCGUCUCCGCUCCUCUGUUGACGCCAACCGGGAAGAUGACGAUGACGAGAGCUCUGCCUCAAGCGCCUUUGGCUUUGCUUCACAUCUCCAACCCUUCCGGUUGGGCGGAUGGAAUCUCGGUCAAAGAAGAAGUGGAAGAGAGCAGGAAUCCGGAGCACAAAAUGAUCAUGAGAUUGAUUGAAGCAGCCACGAGCCCUCAAGAACUUCUCCGGUUGAGUGAACUUCACGUUCUCAACAGCAACGAAGCCUCGUUAAUAAUCACUCAACUUUCCUGGCUCGCGGCGCAAAAAAAACUGGAAACGGUGAACGUUCUGCGGGAUGAACGUUUCCAACAGCUCAUCGAAAUCACGGAUGCCCAAAUUUCUCAGGUGUGGAAUAAAACCUUGGUGAACCUUCUGAAGAGCCUCUACUCCCUGGGGGUGGACAGCAAGAGGAGGGAGAUGCAGUCGGUGGAGCAGGAGGUGCUGUGGAGGCUGCGGCGCCUCACUUUCCGGCAGCUCGCCUCCUUGGCGGAGUUCCUGGCCGUCAAACGAGGAAAAGAGAGCAAACUGCUCAACGAAGUCAUCAAGAAGCUGGAGCUACGUUGGACGGAGCUUGAGGGCACCCGAAGCGUUGUGACGUUGAUGGGCAAGGUUGGGCACAUCUCCCCGACUCUGAUGGACCGGCUGGAGGACAAGGCUCUGGAAAUCGCCGAACAGUUCAACCCCGAUGACAUCCGCAAAAUAACAUUGGCUCUCGCCUACCAGAACCGGCGCUGUGUGCCUCUGCUCCGAGCUUUGUCCUACCACCUCAUUCAGAAGCACUCGGAGCUCAGCCUCAACGUCCUCAUGGACCUCAUUUUUGCUUACGGAAAACUGAAUUUCCACCAGCCCCAGGUCUUCCAGAAGAUCGCCACCGACCUGCACCCCCACGUUUCCACCAUGACGCCCGUCGAGGUGACGCGCUGCAUCCGAUCCUUCGCCCUCCUCAAGUGGCUCAGCCUCCCGCUCUUUGAGGCCAUCGCUCAGUACGUCUUAGACAACACCAAGCAGCUGUCGGUCACCCAUCUCUGCGGCAUCAUCCUGUCUUUCGCUCGCCUAAACUUCCAGCCCAGCGGAUGCGAGGAUUUCUUUAACACGAUCCACGAGGAGCUGCAGGGCCAGCUGGACAACCUGGAGCCUCACCUGCUGACAGACCUGGUGUGGUCGCUCUGCGUCCUGCAGCAAGCCAAGGCUCCCUACCUGCAGCGAGUGUUGGCCCCCGACUUCCACGCGUGGAUCCGAGGCGAUCAGUCCCUCAAGGCCCAGAGCCUCCGGCUGAAGGUUAUCCACAUCAACGCUGCUGCCAAGCUGGAAAGCUCCGGCUACCGGGGGCCGUUCCUGCCACCGGAGAUGCUGAGCACCACGGAACCGGCAGCAGAGAAGGUCACGCUGCUGCAGAGCAGCCUCCGGGAGGCAUUGGCGGGAGUGUUGGGCAGUCAGGACAACGGGCGCUUUGACGUACGAACCAUCUACGGCUGGAAUAUCGAUGCCGAGAUGGUGCUGACCAGCGAAAACAAACCUCUCCCUUUGAAGGACUUUGUUGCUCCCCAUCUGCUCCGCUCGGAAGGGGCAAAACCGCUUCCACCGGGCGCCAGGAGGGUCGCCUUUCUCCGGUGGGAGUUCCCCAACUUCAGCAACAGAAGCAAAGACCUCCUGGGCCGUUACGUCAUGGCCCGGCGCCACAUCCAAGCGGCCGGCUUCGUCGUGGUGGACGUUCCACACUACGAGUUCCUGGACCUGAAGCUGGAGCGGCAGCGGACAGCCUACCUCAAGGACAAACUCAACAAGGCCAUGGCCAAGGAGUUGGCGAGUUAACCGGGUUAACCGCGGCUGUGUUAGGAAUGUGUUCCAAUAAACCCAUCGCUGUACAGUGCCGGAA